UUUUCGCUCUGCUUUGGUCUACACCAUUUCGUUAGGUGUUGAGCAAUAUUUGCUCUGUUUACAGUUAAAUUAAGUGUUAUACUGCAGAAAAUUAAAAUUUGUUGUACAAAUUCUCGCUUGUGACAUGAAAGUCUUAUUUGUUUGUUUGGGGAACACCUGUCGCUCGCCCAUGGCGGAGGCGAUAUUGCGGCAUUUAAUAAAUAAAAAACAUGUGCACAGUUGGCACACGGACAGCGCCGGACUCCGUGAUUGGAAUGUGGGUCUGCGGGCGCAGGGGCGUGCCCAAGACCUGCUGCAACAGCACGGCCUUAAGACCCAACAUCUAAGUCGUAUUAUUACCGCACAGGACUUUUACAGCUUUGACUACAUCUUCGGCAUGGAUGAAGGCAAUCUGGCAGAGUUGCAGGAAAUGGCAGCUCAGCUGCAGCCGCAGCCAAAAUGCCGCAUACUACUGCUGGGCAGCUAUCUGAAUCGCAAGGAAGACGAGAUUAUCCAAGAUCCCUAUUUUAGUCAGGGCAUGGGCAGCUUUCAUGCGGUGUACACACAAAUCCUGGAGAGCUGCGAGCGUUUCGUACAGCAACAUGGCCAUCCGACUUAGAUAUUGACAAAAACCUUUAUACAUUAUGAUUAAGCGCGUGAUAUUUUAUGCUUCGGUUAAAUACUUUAAGCAUAAUUCUACAUUCUAAAACUUUUGCUUCAAUAUGUUAAAUUAUUAUUUGUAUUGUAUUUAAGACCUCUUCUUUAUGUCAGAGAAAUUGUGAAAUGCAAACCAAAUCGAUUCUCUGUUAGAUUCCCACGUAAAUCUAAAAUCUGAGGUAUCGCACACAUCUAUCAAAAACAACGUAUCCAUAAUUGAAUUGAUUAAUAGUGUUAAGGCAAAUGUAAUUAAUUUAAUGUAGUUCGGCAAUUGAUCGACAAGCAGGGUCAGGCAAAGUUUUAAUGCGUGUUACUAUUUUAUAAGAAUUAUA